GCAUUACGACUGUAACACGUGGUGAUGUUUACAAGUUGGUGGAAUGUUGACUUCUGUGUGAGUGACCUUGAAUGAUUGUGCGUGAUGUGGAGUAGUGAUUGGCCAGUGAGAUCUUAAUCAAGAACUUCAAAAUGUAUAAAAUUAACGUUUCGUUAGCGUGCUUAUUAUUCGGAAAAGCUCAUAUCAAACAAGGUUUUAUCCACCACCGGCAGAAAUGUUGCCACUACUCCUCUGGGCUCAACAAGCACAUAGAAAAAAUCCUCAUUGCAAAUCGUGGAGAAAUAGCUUGUCGUGUAAUGAGAACAGCAAAGAAGCUUGGUAUUAAAACUGUUGCAGUAUAUAGUGACGCAGAUGCUGCUGCUCUACAUGUCUCAAUGGCUGAUGAUGCUUAUAAUAUAGGACCAGCACCAUCACAAGAAAGCUAUCUUCGACAGGACAAAAUUAUACAGAUUGCAAAGUCUACUGGCUGUCAGGCAAUACAUCCUGGUUAUGGUUUUCUUUCUGAGAACACAGAAUUUGCAAAUCUCUGCCAAAAAUCAGAUAUCAUAUUCAUAGGUCCACCAGCAACAGCUAUUCGUGACAUGGGAAUUAAAAGCACUUCAAAAUCUAUCAUGGCUGCUGCUGGAGUGCCAGUUGUUGAAGGCUACCAUGGGAAUGACCAGUCACUUGACAAGCUGCAAAAAGAAGCUGAACGUAUUGGUUUUCCAGUGAUGAUUAAAGCGGUUCGCGGUGGUGGAGGCAAGGGUAUGAGAAUUGCCUUUUCACCCAAUGAAUUUGAGUCGGAGCUUGAAUCUGCUAAAAGAGAAGCAAUGAAAUCAUUUGGUGAUGAGGCAAUGCUUUUGGAAAAAUUCAUCCAAGAACCAAGGCAUGUUGAAGUACAAAUUUUUGGAGAUAAACAUGGGAAUUAUGUUCAUCUUUUUGAGAGGGAUUGUAGUGUUCAAAGAAGACAUCAGAAGAUAAUUGAAGAAGCUCCCGCUCCUGGAAUUUCAGAUAUGCUUCGUAUGGAACUGGGUGCAGCAGCUGUUCGAGCAGCACAGGCCGUGGGUUAUGUUGGUGCUGGAACUGUGGAAUUCAUUCUUGACAGGCACAACCAUUCUUUUCAUUUCAUGGAAAUGAAUACUCGACUGCAAGUGGAGCAUCCUAUAACUGAAAUGAUAACUGACACCGAUCUUGUUGAAUGGCAGAUCAAGGUUGCUGGGGGAGAAGAAUUACCUCUUAAACAGGAUGAAAUUAAGUUAAAUGGUCACGCUUUUGAAGCUCGAAUUUAUGCUGAAAAUCCCAACAAUAACUUUUUACCGGGGGCAGGUCCAUUGCUUUAUUUAUCAACUCCUGUACCAGAAACAGAUGUACGUGUUGAAACAGGUGUACGUCAAGGAGAUGAAGUUUCUGUACACUAUGAUCCAAUGAUAGCAAAAUUAGUCGUUUGGGGAAAAAAUCGACGAGAGGCUCUCAUGAAGCUGCGUUCUCAGCUAUCAUCAUACUAUAUCGCAGGUCUUGACACAAAUGUGAACUUUCUUUUGGAUCUUUCAAAACAUGAAGCAUUUAUAGAUGGACAAGUGCAUACUAAUUUCAUAGAAGAACAUCGAAACCAGCUGUUGACUGAUCAGAAUACAAUGCCUUCCGAUGAACUAAUUUUGCAGGCUUUCCUGGCUCAGUUACUCAAGGAAAAGGAGUUGGCAGUUAAAUCAGUGCGCAAUAGCAACAACCCAUUUGCAACUGAAGUGGGUUUUCGAUUAAAUCAUCUUUUGAAGCGCACUGAAAUCCUCAGUUGUCCAGGCAUUGAGAGUAUAGCAGCGGAUAUUACAUAUAACAGAGACAAAUCAUAUGUGAUUAAAAUAAAGGGAAAUGAAAAAGAAUAUACAAUAAAUGGGGAACUUACAAAGUCAGGAGAUUCAUUUGAUCUUUCUUGCUCAAUUGAUGGGCAUGUUAUAAAAUCCCAUAUUUUCUUCAGCGAGAGUGACAUAUACAUAUUUACAAAAGAUGGCAGUCACAAGUUCAAUAUACCAUUGCCAAAAUACAUGAAAGAAUUAGAGGAAAUGAGUUCUGGAGUGAGUGGAAGCAAUGCUGCAACAGCUCCAAUGCCUGGUGUUAUAGAUAAAGUGUGGGUCUCGGAAGGACAGACAGUGGAAGUAGGACAGCCCUUAAUGAUUAUAAUUGCCAUGAAGAUGGAGUAUUCAGUACGUGCGCCACUAGCAGGAAAAAUUGAAAAAGUUCUCUUCAAGCAAGGAGAUUCUGUUUCUAAGAAUGCAGUACUUGUCAAAUUUGAAGAAACUGAUUCUAAUGCUUGAUUGCUGUACAUCAUAUUAUCUCUGAAGUGCUGUGCCUGCCACAGCAGUGCUUUAGAAGCUGUGUGGAUGAUGUGAUCUGAAACUGUAGCAGCUGCAUUGGAAAGCUUCAUCUAGCAGUCUGAAACUGUGUUAUCAAGAAGCACCCUACUGCUCCCCCAUACUGGGAUCACACUAAUGCAGCUGUGGUGUGACACGUUAUGUGUGCUCCUUGCCAUCUGGAAAUGAGAAAUAUAGUUUUAUCCUAGGACAUAAUUCUUUUAUGUAUAUACAAGUGAGUGAGUGAUUGAGAAAGAAAGAAAUAGAGAGAGAGAGAGAGAGAGAGAGAAUUUAGGCACUGUGAAAGAGCAUACUGAUUAAUGUGCCAAAUACAAAUUCAUGACAAGUAUCAUCUCAGGUUAAUCAAUCAAAUAAUCUGUGUAAGGUUCACUGCAUUUAUUUAAACUGUUAGCUCACAUUCCUGCCUCUACGUUCAGUAGGUGGUGUUCAUUUUUUCCAGUUAAUUAUAUAUAUUCAUGUUUUUCUUUGUAAUUAUGUUCCUCCUCACUGAAAAUUCUUAGUAUAUUUAUUUGCUGUUUGGUUUUGCUAAAAUUUGAAAUAGAUGGUACCUGAAAAAAUAAUCAAUUGAAAAUUCGUGUAAUAGUAAUGUGACAUAAAAAAGGUAACUUUGUUGCUAGUCAGUCUUCCAUAUUGUGACUAAAGAGCAUAUGCCAAACUGUUUAGCAGUCACAAUGAAAAUAUAUAUUUCACAGCUGCAUAUGUUAAAUCAUAUAGAUGGCUACCAAGUAAGAGAUAGGAUGUUCUAUUUCGCUAACAUGUUUUGUUAGAAAUUGUAACUAUUUUCAUAUUUUUUUAUACUGUUAAAAAUGUGAACUCGUCAAAUAAACCGUGAUAUCUUGUA